CUUUGUGUUUUAAAUACGAACUUUGAAUCAACACACAUACACUUACCAAGUCAAUUUUCUUUAGUUAUUUAUUCAGUUAUACAUUCAGUUGUAAACAAUUCAGUGAAGACUAUUUAUUCUAGUGCAGUCGGUUCAAUUUUCCAUCGAUCUACAUAUGAAAAUGAUUAUUUAAAGAAAGUGUAAAUUAAAUUGACAGUUUUUAAAUAAUACUGUGUGAUAGUGUUGUUGUACUUAAAGUAAAUCGUAACGGAAAACGAAAUCGAAUUAAAAUGAAUACGGUGAUGCAUCAUACUAUGCCAGAGGAUACAUAUCCUGAGCGCAAAAAGUUCUCGCUGGCAUCGCAAGCUUCAUCACAAUCGUUAAUUGUCGAACAACAAAUAUUAGCAUAUGGUUUAGAAUUUCGCAAACCAAAUAAAAGUCCAAUCGAUAUUUCAUUUAAUAAUAUCAAGUAUACCGUUUCUGUUGGAAAUAUUUUACGUCAACAAGAAAAAGAAAUAUUACACGGAAUAAAUGGUCGAUUCCCACCAAGACAAUUAAUCGCAAUAAUGGGUCCAUCGGGUGCUGGUAAAUCAACACUCCUUGAUAUUAUAUCAGGAUAUCGUAUUACCGGUGUUGAGGGUGUAGUUUAUACAAAUGGCCGUAUUCGUGACUUAUCUACAUUCAGAAAAGUAUCAUGUUAUAUACAACAGGAUGAUCGUUUACAACCAUUAUUAACUGUACAAGAAAAUAUGCAAUCUGCGGCUAAUUUAAAAUUAGGUGUUAAUAUACGACAAUACGAAAAAGAAGGAAUUAUUGAAGAAAUUCUAACAACACUAGGAUUAUAUGAAUCAUUGCACACCAGAGCAGGCAGAUUAUCUGGAGGUCAAAAGAAACGGCUAUCAAUUGCUUUAGAACUAAUUAAUAAUCCACUUAUUAUGUUCCUUGAUGAACCUACUACUGGAUUGGAUAGCUCUUCCUGUUAUCAAUGUGUGAGCUUAUUAAAAAUGUUAGCACGACAAGGGCGUACAAUUGUAUGUACGAUACAUCAACCAUCUGCUUCCUUAUUUUCAUUAUUUGAUCAAGUGUUUGUAUUGGCGGGUGGUGAAUGUCUAUAUCAAGGCACCACAGAUAAUCUAUUACCGUUCCUCGAUCAUGUUAAUUUACCAUGUCCGUUGUACCACAAUCCUGCUGAUUAUGUAAUCGAGUUGGCAUGUGGUGAAUAUGGUGAGGAAAAAAUUCAAACAAUGGUUACAUCUAUGCAAAAUGGACAAACUUUAGAAUGGAUGAAUGAUUAUGAACGUUUACCAGACUUGAAAACAUUACGAGCAAAAAAUCCACUACACAAAGAAGAACAUUUUCGUAAAGGUGGAAUGCAAGAAACAUCGCAAUGGAAUCAAUUAAAAGUGUUAACGAAGCGUGGAUUUUUAAAAUCAAAACGUGACGCCACAUUAACGCAUUUAAGAUUAAUUGUUAAUAUAUUAACUGGAUUCAUGUUGGGUACAGUUUAUAUAAAAUCUGGAUCUGAUGGAACACGAGUUUUAGAUAAUUAUAAUUUAUUAUUUGCAAUUUUAAUUCAUCAUAUGUUUUCAACCAUGAUGUUAACCAUAUUAACUUUUCCUCAAGAAAUGACUAUUUUGCAAAAAGAGCAUUUCAAUCGAUGGUAUUCUUUAAAAGCAUUUUAUUUUUCUAUAUCGAUUGUCGAUAUUCCAAUAUCAGUAAUAAGUUGUUCCUUAUUUACAAUAAUAAUAUACUUAAUGAGCGCACAACCAUUGGAAUAUAAUCGAUUUUGCAUGUUUUGGGCUGUUAGUUUGCUAAUGGUAUUUGUGGCUCAGAGUUUUGGAUUAAUGGUUGGAGCCAUCUUUGACGUUGUGAAUGGUACAUUUAUCGGUCCAACAUUCAAUAUUCCAAUGAUGAUGUUUGCUGGUUUUGGAGUGACUUUACGAGAUUUACCGUCAUAUUUAUAUUGGGGAAGUUACUUAUCAUAUUUACGAUAUGCAUUUGAAGGCUACGUGGGUGCAAUUUAUGGAAUGGAUCGUGAAACAUUGGAAUGUAAAGAAGGUUAUUGUCAUUAUAAAUAUCCUGAGAAACUAUUAUCAGAUAUGGCAAUGCGUGGGGACCAAUUUUGGAAUGACAUAAUGGCAUUACUAGUUAUUUUAUUCAUUUUUAGAACAUCAGCAUUCUGUUUACUCAAGUGGAAAUUAGUGGCUGUGAGAUAAAUGUAAUUAAUUUUUUAAUUUACUGAUUGAGAAUUGUUCAAAUGGAACUUUAGACCCUAACAAUUUUAUACGAAUAACAUACAGAUUAGUGCAUAAAUCACGAAUUGAUUAUAUUUAUCUUUGAAAUAAAAUGCUCAUCCUCUUCCUCUCCGCUCCAAUGAUCAAUUACAAUCGAUACGUGAUUUUAUUGCCAUUUUUUACUAUCCUUCUUUAUUUUUAUAAAUAUCCAAUAAGACUGAUCUAUUUGGCAUAAGGUCAUUAAGAAAAUAUUUCCAUUUUUUACUUCAAACUUUACUUGUUGACAUUCUUGAUGUUUAAGGUGGUUUUGAAUCGAAAUUCUCGCCAACCACCUUUUUAUUAAAAUUAAUAGAAGUAGAAAAUUUGACGUUACAAAUUUUUUAUCUUUUCUUUCUUCCAAUGAAAAUUGGAAGAUCGUAAAAACCCAUUUUAAUAUUGGUACCUGCGACCGAGCAUUAAAGAACGCCUCCUAACAAUUAAAACACAUUCCUAAAAAAAUUACUCCUAGAGCCUCCCUCAAAAUCUUUUCCCCGAACAUGAGCAAAAUUUUUUAAUAUUUUCUAAAAAUUUGUGCAUUAUGUACACCCGCCAUUUCGAUUUCGGGUUAUCAAUUGACGUCUCGACUUGUAGUUAAUUCAAGAACGUGAGUAAGUUCGGUUCGGUCGUAUAAUUAGUACUUAAGAAAUAUGAAACAAAAAUUUUUUUC